AUGGCGAAAUCGAGCCGCGACUGGGCUCAGAUCUACGCAAUCUACGGCCUCGACGGCUGGCAAACGCCGCUGUUCCUCUUCGCCCACGCCGUCGUCUUCUCGAUCCUCGCCGUCCUCUUCCUCCUCUACUUCGAGCCCAUGUGCACCUUCCUGGAGCAUCAGGCCCUCCCCGGACCGGCCUCAGCCCGAUUCGCUGCCGGGUUCGCCGGAUCCGUCACCGCCUUAUCCGCUGUCUGCCUCUUCUACGCCGCCGUAGAUUUUCUGUACUCCGCCGCGCCGCUCCGGUGGGAGAUGUCCCAGCGCGUGGUGUCGGCGGUCUCCGACUGGUCGGCUGUCAGGAACGCCCUCGACCUGGGCUGCACCGGCCGGGGGAUGCUGAUGAACGCCGUCGCCCUGCAGCUGAAGAAGUCGGGGUCGUCUGGCCGUGUCGUUGGGCUCAACUCGACCCGAUGCGGGCCUAUAGACCCGGCUUGCAUCCUGAGGACCGCCGGUCUGGAGGGGGUUCAGAAAUACGUCACUUGCAGGCCCGGUGACCCGAGGACGCUGCCCUUUAGUGACGGCUACUUUGACGUGGUGGUCUCCGCCACGUUCCUCCACACGGUCGGGCGGGAAUUCGGGCCAGGCUCGGCGGCAGCGGCCGCCGAGCGGGCCAGGGUGCUGGGCGAGGUGGUGCGGGUGCUGAGGCCCGGCGGGGUAGCCGUGGUGUGGGACGUGGUGCACGCACCGGAGUACGCGCGUAGGCUGAGUGAGAUGAGGAUGGAGGACGUUAGGAUUUCGGAGCGCGUGACGGCGUUCAUGGCCGGCAGCCACGUCGUGUCAUUCAGGAAGCCACGUCAGCAUUCCGUGGGGCCCGGGGAAGUCAGACUGGACUGGAAUUUUUGA